AAGAAUCUGGCGGAAUAAGAAACUAACUUCAGUCUCCUCUCUGACCUCGCCUUUAUUGAACAGCGGCCUUAAAGCUUCAGUCCUAUUAGAAGAGAGAUCCCUGGAACUGAACGGCUUGACGAUGCACAGCCAGGAGGAUAAAAUAAGGAAGAUAGGAGAAGUGAUGAACAAGCUGAUGGAUGAACUGAAGAAGAAGAUGGAAGAGAAACUGAAGAAGAUAGGGCAGGAACUGGAGAAAAUGAAGAAUGAACUGGGGAUGGAGAUGGAGGAGGAACUGGAGAAGGAAAUGCACAGCCAGGAGGAUAAAAUAAGGAAGAUAGGAGAAGAAGUGAUGAACAAGCUGAUGGAUGAACUGAAGAAGAUGGAAGAGAAACUGAAGAAGAUAGGGCAGGAACUGGAGAAUAUGAAGAAUGAACUGGGGAAGGAGAUGGAGGAGGAACUGGAGAAGGAAGUAAAGGAACAGGAUAAAAAGAUGAGGGUGAAACACAGGAAAGAGAUGAAGAGUGAAAAGGUGAAGAAAAACCAGGCGGAGGGGUUGACAAAACAGAGGAAAUCUGAAAAUGUUGGAGCAUCAAUAAAAGAGGGUGCAUGGACAGGUGCAAUUGAAGGUGCAUGCGGAAUCGUUAUUGAAGAAUUAACCGAAAUUAUACCAGACCUAUUUACAAACACAGUCAACACUAUCGUAAUCAAUGGCCCAAACUUAAUAGCAGGCGCAAUCUCAGGGAUUGUCAUAGGUGUAGCAGCAGGAGCAGCUGGAAGCGCAGUCGAAUACUAUGUGGAAAAACAAUAUGGAGCCUCAGCCGGAAAAGCAGCUAGAGCCGUGGUUGAAGCAACUGCCGCAGGCCUAUCCAUGGGCGGAGCUAAGCUUCUCAACAAGAAACUGGAUUACAAACUGACUGAGCCAUUAAAUAAGAUAAAAAUCAGUUGGAUGAAGGAUGAGAAGAAACUGAAGGAGAUGGAGAAGGAACUGGGGGAGAAAGAGGACCAACUGAAGAAUGAGAUUGACAACAUACUGAAGAAGAGUGUGGUCAAACUCAAGGAACUCAAGGAAACAAAGGAGAAACUUGGCAACACAAAGAAGAAAAUGGACGAAACAAAGAAGAAACUGAAUCAGACAAAGGAGAGAAUGGUGGCAAAACCCUCAAUGAAGGAUCUGAAUGCCAGAGUGCAGAAACUGAAGGAUUCAAUGAGCAUUCUGGAUGCCACUUUGCAGAAACUUGAGGAAACAGAUAACUAUCUGGUUAGACUGAAUGAGGCAGAGACAAAUCUGGAAGCCAAAGUGAAUAGACUGGGGAAGGCAAAGAACAAACUGAAUGGCACACUGCAGAUACUGGUGGAGACAAUUAAUGAAGUGAAGGAGACAGAGUGGUGCCUGAAGGAGGCAGAGAGCACUCUGAAUGCCAUCGUGUGUUAUCUGAAUGACACAGGUAAAGAACUGAAGGACAUAAAUAAGAAACUGGACGGCAUGGAGAGGGAACUGAAAGAGAUGGAGAUGAAAAUGAAGAAGGAGAUUGAGGACUUACUGAACAAUGCAAAGAAGAAACUCAGCACUGUGAAGGAUACAUUAAAGAAACUGGAUGAGACAAAGAAUAAUCUGCACAAGACAAAGGACAGAAUGAAGGUGGUAAAACAGGAUCUGAAUCUCACAGUGCCGAAUCUGCAGGUGUCAGAAAACAAUCUAAAACCUUCAAUGAAGGAUCUCAAUGCCAGAGUGUGGAAACUGGAGGACUCAAGGAGCAAUCUGGAUGUCACUUUGCAGAAACUUGAGGAAACAGAUAACUAUCUGGAUAGACUGAAUGAGGCAGAGAAAAAUCUGGAAGCCAAAGUGAAAAGACUGGAGAAGGCAAAGAACAAACUGAAUGGCACACUGCAUAUACUGGUGGAGACAAAUAAUGAAGUGAAGGAGACAGAGUGGUGCCUGAAGGAGGCAGAGAGCACUCUGAAUGCCAUUGUGUGUUAUCUGAAUGACACAGGUAAAGAACUGAAGGACAUAAAUAAUAAACUGGACGGCAUGGAGAGGGAACUGAAAGAGAUGGAGAUGAAAAUGAAGAAGGAGAUUGAGGACUUACUGAAAAAUGCAAAGAAGAAACUCAGCACUGUGAAGGAUACAAAGAAGAAACUGGAAAAUGUGACGGCGAAACAGAAAGAACUUGACAAAACAAUGAAACAUGUGCAGAAAAUGAAGUUGACAAAGGAGAUACUGGUGGAGACAGGGAGCAAUCUGGAUGUCACACUGCAGAAACUGAAGCAGAAUCUGGUUGCCACAGUGCCUAGACUGGAGAAGACAAAUAAAAAUCUGAAAGCCACAGCACAGAUACUGAUAGAGGCAAAUAGUGAACUGAAGGAGAUGGAGAACAAUCUGAAUGACACAGUGCAGGGCCUGAAUGAGAUCGAAAUUAAACUGAAGGAGUUUGAAGGACAUAAAUAGUAAUAAAAAAGGAUGCCAGCCUGCUGGAGAAACCAAAUAACGAGGAACAGGGAUCUUGUCUUUGGAAUGCCGCAGAAACACAGACAUACAACAUAUGCUGUGGCUUUUGUGCAUAAAUAUGUCUCUCGUUGCUAUUUGUGAUGGCAGUAACUGGAUCAAUAUGAUCUAAUGAUUGUAGUUUUUUUUAAUUUUUUUUAUUAGGGACACAUAUAAUAAUGACAUGACAGUUACCUGGCACAAGAUGCAUUGUAUUUUCAAUUUAUCCAGAAGGAUCAUUUUCAUUGACAGUCCCCAGGAAGACAUUGAUGACCAUUAGUAGCCAUUAAUAACAACUAAUCCAAUACAAACUAAAAUCAUAUAAUAAAUACAUGUCACCAAUAUACACAACUAAUCUCAAAUACUUCAUAUAAAACAAUUAGCAAUUCAUGUUAUCAAAUAAUAAUUCAACUUCCACAACUUAAGUAACCAAUUCACAAUUCAAAUUGAUAAACAUCCCAAAUAAACUAAUGACUGCAUAAUUGGUUAUUUUUCAGCCAGGUCUUGAGUUUAUACAGAAUAUUUUAAAAUCUUUUAAAACCUUAAUUUCUGUGGGAAAUUAAUUCCAAAAUGUGAUGCCUCUUACUGAUAGAGCCGUUUGGGCAAAUGUUGUUCUAUGCUUUUCUACUUUACAGUUCCCACAUACAGCAUCCCUUCUACUGUUAACCUCAGAAAGCUUUUUCACAAAUUCUUGCAAUGAUGGAGCACCCAAGACAUGCAAAGUCUUAAAUACCAAUCUAGCAAACGAAAAUUUGACAAAAUUAUCAAAACUCAGCAGUUGGUACUUAGUCAAAGCAUUACAAUGAUGGUAUCUCCCAGGUUUUUUAUCCAUAACUUUUAGAUCUUGAUUAUAAAGACAUCAUAUUGGAUUAAUUACAGAUUUACCUGCUUGGGACCAGGAAGUAUACAAUAAGAUAUAUGACUGCAUGAAUACUUUAGAAGCAUUAGUUGUUAAAUUAGAUCUGAUAUGUUGAAAAUUUGCUAAUCAAAUUUCAAGUGUGAAUCAAUAAUAAGUCAUAAGGAUUUAACUUCUGGGACUUCCUCAAUAACUUCUCCUUCAAUUUAAACAUUAAAGUUACUUUAGAGAAACAAAUACUAACGUUUAGUGUCAAACACGAGCAAUUAAGCCAAUCUGAUAUUUUCUUCAUAUAAUAGUUUAGAAGCUGGUUUUUGCUGAUUCAUAUAUAACUGUAUCAUCAGCUUACAUCUGCAAACCUGCACCUGGGCACACCUCAGGAAGAUCAUUAAUAUAUAAACUAAAAAGUAAAGGUCCCAUCACAGACCCCUGGGGGAUUCCAGCUACACAUUCUCUAAAAUGAGAUUUAACAUUGUUAAUUAAAACACACCAUCCUUCAGAUUAUCCUUUAGAUAAGACUCAAUCCAUCUUAAUGCCAGGUCUAAAAAAUUACAUUUCUGUAAUUCAGAGAGGAGAACGUGGUGAUUAACUGUCAAAUGUCUUCUUUAGGUCCAAAAAGGCCCAACCACACCUCCUUUAUCCAGUAUUCAGUAGAAUACUUGGGUCUAAAGCCAAACCAUAGUCGGUGGAAUUUUUUUUAGUUAUGAUUGAGUUAUGAAAUUAUGAUCUCAUUGUAGUUAUGCGUAGGCGUCAGCUCUUGUGACUGUCAGUCUUGUGUUCAGAGUUGGCAUGAUGUUUGCUAUUUAUCUGAUAAUCGCAACCAUUUUCCCUAGACUUCUGAAACCGACUUUAAUUUAAACUACACCAAUUAAUGAAUUGUUUCAUAUGUGCAUCGUAGGAAUAAUUUGUGAAAAAGAAUGUAGUAGCCCAGUGGUUCUUAACCCGGGUCCUGGAGUACCCCUGCCUGCCCUGCCGGUUUUUGAUCCAACUGAGGUCUCAAUUACUUAAUUGAACCCUCAAUUGAACUAAUAAUUUGCCUAGUCAGAGCUUUUUAGCUAUUUUAAACAGUUGGAGAUUUCAAGUUAAGUAUAAAAGAAAGGAACUUGAAUUCUCCAACUUUUUAAAAGCUACACAAUUAAAAAAAAAGUAAAAUUAAACAUGAAUUAAAGGGGAACCCGGCAGUAUAUACCAAAUUAAAGAUGAACUAUCACACCUUGCUGUCCAGCUGAAUUUGGUUAUUGUAUAAUAAUCAUAUGUGUAGCUGGCAAUAACAAUAGUCAAUUUAAUUCAAUACGGUAAAGAGUUUGUGAAUCCUAAUCCAAAUCCAUUCAAGUUAUCCACGACAGUUUUGAAAAAUCAAAACCCUGUAGAUUUGUCAAAUAACAUAACCUAACAGUUCACUUCAAGAAAGCAGCCUGUUUAUCAAUGACAGGCAUUAACCAUUCCAGAAUGAAUUUAAAAUAUUCCAUAACCGUUGGGGACCUACCCUUUUUCUUUAAAUCUUUUCAUUUGAAUUUUUUUAAUAUAUUCUAGAAUGGCUGACGGCUUCCGUUACUGCUAACUGUUAAAUUAUUUUGACAAAUCUACAGGGUGCUUACUUUUUUGCUGUGCAUUGUUGGUGCGAUAUAUUAGUACAUUCAGGUUUGUAUUAUACUGCUGUUAGCAUUUUUAAAAUGUGGCAUUUUUUUCAAAUACUGAGCUUAUUAUUAUUAUUAUUAUUAUUAUUAUUAUUAUUAUUAUUAUUAUUAUUAUUAUUAUUUAUUUCUUAGCAGACGCCCUUAUCCAGGGCGACUUACAAUCGUAAGCAAAUACAUUUCAAGUGUUACAAUACAAGUAAUACAAUAAGAGCAAGAAAUACAAUAACUUUUGUUCAAGUGUGACAAACCACAAUUCAAUAAUACAGCAGAUAAUAGUGAUAGUUACAUCAGGAUAUGAUUAAAUAGUGAUAGUUACAUCAGGAUAUGAUUAAAUACAAAAUACUACAGGUUAAACACUUGGCAGCUUGAAAUAUAUACAGAGAAUUAAUGUCAGUGACAAUCCAUUGAACUGAGUGGUGGGAAAUGCUGUCAAUCAACCCACAAUAUCCUUUUUUUUCUUUUUCACAACCACUAACACAGCAAAGACUUGUUUCCGCACAGAAGUUUUAAAGCAAAUGUGUACGCUUCACUGCUCAGAACACAAGUCUCCUGGCUCAGGAGGGAUGCUCCAGAAGAGUGAUUUUGGACUUGGCAGUGUGGCAUUAUGCAGAUGUUUUUGGAGGAUAUGAUUAUUAUACAAUAACCAAAUUCAGCUGGACAGCAAUGUGAGAUAGUUUAUCUUUAAUUUGGUAUGUACUGCCGGGUUCCCCUUUAAGUAACUGAGAGCUCGGUCGGAGCAAAACACAGCAGACACAGUGAUACUCCAGCACCAGGCCUGAGAACCCCUGCCAUAGCCCAGAGGCACACAUACUAACCAGGUGUUGUGAAAUAUUCAGUAUCCCAUAGAUGAUACGCUAGAUGAUUUUCCAUACACUUUUUUUAACUCGCUCGCUACUCUAGCAAGUAUACAUUGUACCGAGUAUGCACUUACAAAAUAGAAAUGAACCUUGAUCCAGUUACAUACUUACUUUUCACAAAACUAACAACAAACAUUUAGUUGUGUUCUUGCAAGAAUGGAUAUACAUCCAUGCUACCAACAUAAAUAUGCUGGCUGUAUUGUUAAAAUCAUUAUUAGUAUUAAUAGGUAUUUGUUAUAGGGCCAGUGUUAAUUCCCCAUUUAUUACAUUUCAGAGGCACCUCUACACACCAUAUUAAGCAACUAUUAAUUUCUGAAAUUAACUCAAGUUGUAUUUUGUUAAGGUAUCUUUUAGUUGGUGUGCUACUGUGCUGUUUUUACAGUAUAGUAUUGAAGAUGUUGGAGCAUAAUAAUAAGAAAUGACACUUAUUUUCUGUAUUAUGAUUUAAUCAAUAGAGCGUUGCUGUGUAUACUAACAACUAACCUACUAUUACUACUACUACGACUACUACUACUACUAAUACUAAUAAUAAUAAUAAUGAGUUUCCCCGUAGUGUUUUAAUAAUAAUAAUAAUAAUAAUAAUAAUAAUAAUAAUAAUAAUAAUAAUAAUAAUAAUAAUAAUAAUAAUAAUGAGUUUCCCCGUAGUGUUUUAAUAAUAAUAAUAAUAAUAAUGAGUUUCCCCGUAGUGUUUUAAUAAUAAUAAUAAUAAUAAUAAUAAUAAUAAUAAUAAUAAUAAUAAUAAUAAUAAUAAUAAUAAUAAUAAUGAGUUUCCCUGUAGUGUUUUAGUUUAAAUGUUAUUAUAAAUGUGCUUUAUUCAAUUACUGUAUUUAAAAAGCAAUUUCAGUGCGCUGUACUUUAAAUAUCGUAAUUAUGUUUUGGAGCAGACGCAUUUUAAAGUAGGUCACGCAGCGGACGACCUUUGCUACUUAACAGGAGAUUCCGCGUAACAAGUGUUAGGAGCACGCGCAUCAAACCAAUUCACGUCACUUGGAUGCUAAAAAAGACGCUUGGACUUGAAAUACGCUCUCUACAGUUUUUCAUGCAUAAUGUCAAAUAAAAUGUCAUUGCGAGUAAAGACUAAAACCACCUCUACCGAGCGAGCUUGUCAUGCGAGUAAAAAGUUGCGGUUAACCAUUUUCCAUAGCGUUUGUCGCGUUUGCUUAGUAAAAUACCCAAAUUAUCUAAUGUUGAGUUUAAAUCAUGCAGCAACGACAGCAACAGUGCAUCUUACCAAUUUAACUGUGAAAAACAGUGCUGACGACGACGUUGCUGAAGAAGAACUAGGCCUGGGGGCAAAAAGUAAACUAGAUUCGCCUCCGAGACCACCGUCCAGUCCCACUCAUAACCCUCAUCCUGCUGUCCUUACCUUCAGUAACGAACCUGCCAAAUGGAAAGUGGACGAGUCACACAAACGCAUACUAACACUGUAAUCACGCAAACGGGGUUUUCAGUCAGUUAGGUGGCUAUUAUACUAGAGUAGAAGCUCUAGUAUCAAAGUUUAUGAAAAGUAUUUUUACUUACAUGUUUCAUCAGUUUCAAGAAGUGUUACAGAUUGUUGACCUCUUAUUUUUUUCUUCACCCUGCUACAGUAUAUUUGAGUAAGUAGACUAAAUACAGCAUUGGUACCUGCUGUAUAAUACACGUAUUUUUAUAUUUGUUUUAAACCAUAUUGUUAAUGAUAAUAAUAAUACAGCAACUGAAUGUAUAAACAGGAUUUAUUUUGGGCCGCAGUGUAGAGUAGUGGUUAGGGCUCUUGACCUGAGGGGGGACACACUGCUUAGCAUCCAGGAUAUUACAAGGUAUCACAAUAUUUUUUACAUACAAUUACCCAUUUAUACAGUGUUUUUUUUUUCUUUUCUAUAAAAAUAGGUUUUCAGUUUGAUUUUUAAGUCUGAGUGAUGUGAUAUUAUUGUAUGCUUGUAGUGGGUACUUUAGACUAACCAUAUUUGUAACAAUGUAUUCAUAUACAAAAAUGUAAUGUAAUCAUACUUAUAUGUUGCUUAAAUAGUGUUGGAAUACUUGCAAUUGGCUAAAAGACACCAGACUACCUGGAUUGUCUUAAUUAAGCUAAUCAAUUUGUAGUAGAUUUAUAUAUCACUCAAUUCAAUUAAUAAAACAGAGAAGUAUUUUACUCUUAUUCAUAAACCUUUGAAUAGUCUGUGUGGUUAUUCUGGACUAUUUUAGCUACCUGCUGUUUUCUCUGACUGUAGGUCACUGCACGAACCAAUAACACUAGGAGUUCACGUAAUCCAGUGUCCUCCUGUUUUCCUUCCUUUAUUCCAAAAAGCAGCUCAAACGUGACAGAUCCCAACCUGAAAUACGCUCCAAGAGUUCCUUUCCACUGAGUGACGGUGUUCUAAGAAAAUAGUCCCGAAUAUGUUUUGAUUAAAAAACAACAAUGACGCACAUAUAAAGAGAAACAUUAAUUCGUGUUUUAUUUAGAAGAGUUUUUGUUUUACUUGAUAGCUUAUAAAAAAAAGCCAGUGUAUGAGCAGAUUGAUUUUAAAUUGGAUUGUUUUACUA